GUGCAAGUUUUGUUACAUUCCUCUUUAUGGCUAAAAAAUACAAUGGAAAAUCGAUUAAAAAUUUCUUGAGUUAAAGGAAACACAAAUAUUUCUGUGCGAAUACAAGAACAGCUCCUUGUGUUUAACCUAAGUAUAUGAGAUGAGAAAACCAUCACAGUUAUUAUGACAUCAAGUGGAGAAAAACAGUCAGGCAAUAAUUGUAGAACUGGAAAAAAGUGUCCAGACAAUGCUCAUUUCAUAAUGCGUGCAAACGGUAAUAGCGUCAGCGUCAAUCAAAGAAAGUCUGUUCAUUCUCAAAAUCAAUUCUCACUGACUUUCGAAUCUAAUGAAUGUGAUGUGAUGUACUGCAGCUUGCAAUCUGCACGCUUAAAUGCACAGUCGAGUGAUAUGUUCCAGCCCAACGCUGGAAAGUUAAAGCUAUCUCCGCUGGAAAAGAUCGACGAUGCCAAUACCGGAGCACCUCCAUCUCCGGCACCUAAUAGUGAUGGUUUUGAGGGUAGUGUUAACCAGUUAAAAACUCAUACAUGUAAUGGAACAAUAUCAAAGUCAGAUAACCAUGCCCUAGUGCCGAAGCAUGGUCUAGGCGGAUCAACAAACUACCAUCAACGUGGCAUAUCCCCAAACUCAAGAUAUCGUUUGGAGCGUUACAGAGACGCGAAGCCAGUUCAACAAACUAAAAUAUUAGAAGCAGCAAAAAGUCCAUCAACAGUGCCAUCAGUUUCCUCAACUCGAUUAUUGUUACCAUCCAAUGUAACGCUACCGAUGAAUCAAUGUGAAAAUUAUAAUGCUUAUCUGGGAUCUGCAGUACAUACACCAGUCAAGCGAUAUGUUCCAACUCCACCGCCCGCUAUUGAUCUUUAUGCAGGCCUUGCAUUACAGGCAUCUUCUGGAAUUAUGACCCCACCUGCAUCAUCAGUGCAGUCUCAGUACUGCAACAUGCCAUACAAUUAUCGUUCAAAAUGCUGCCAUAAUGGAAAUGUCGAAUCUAUGCAUGGAAGUUUGACCAAACCAUCACAAACAUAUGUCGCAAGUGUAUCUUGCUCAACAUCUUGUGCCUCGACAUUGCCCGCACCAUCCACAAGUAUUUCCAUGGCUUUUUCAGCAGGAAGCCACUGCUCGCCAAUUAUGACAGCUACUACGGAGCAAACAAUAACUCACAGUACUGACAACUCACACAUGAACAGCCGAAGAUCAGAGGAAAAUGAUUCGUUAAUUGUUAUAGCACCGGGUACCACAAUAACCCAAAUAGAGGCAGACAGCCCAGCUGGCACAUGUUUGCAUUGCAAUACAGCACGACGAACCACUGGUGUGCAUCAGACAACACAAACGACUGGACCUAUUAGUCCUGUACCGAUAUCUUUGUCUGUUCCUAUUACUGCGCCAGUAAUAUCCAGUUUAAGCGAUCAACUUGCAAAUACCGAAUCAAGUAUUGUAUCCGUGCAAACGAAGCUCCAGGAUAGUCGAAAUAUUGCACUCAAGCACGGGUCCAGUCAUCAUCAGUUGUACGGACCAGGUACUGCGGCUACGUUUAGCCACCUUAUAAGCAAUCCACGCUUACAGCUCACUCAUCACACACAGACACAUCAACACCAAUCGUUGCAAAUUCUACCGCAGCCACAAACCCAUCAUUACUCUUGCAAAAAGCGAGUUGUAAUUUAUUUAAAGCGUACAACUUCGCAAUUUUUUGGAGUUGAGCCAAGCACAGAGGCCGAAGAUUGUGCUCUGUGGCAUGGUCGACAUCGUCGACUGGCUAUUCGUCGAUUUGGAUUAUUCGACAGCGCACUAGAAUAUCGUGUCCAACAGUCGAUUAUAAAUGGUGUUAAUGUUGAAGUUGAUAAGCAAAAUAGUUCGGAAUUGAAUCGUAAUUGUGCCAACGCAAGUAAUAAUUACGCACAAGAUCGUCCCGACAUAUUACCAGUGCAAGAUGCGAAUGCUAUGAAUAUGACAUUUUCUUCAGAUAACAGACGAUCCAAAUUCUAUAGUAAUAGAGAUUUUUGUGACGGUGAAUUUGUAGAGCGUAAGGCGUCAGUUGGUCACAUGUUUAUUGCAUUGGUUAAUUAUUUGCUUCAUUUUUUUUAUAAGCGGCAUACAAACUGCAGACACAGAGUAAAACAUCAAUAUCAAUGGUCACGUAGCUUUGCACCAUUGCAUGUGCAAAGCAGUUCUAGCUUUGAUCCAAUUCACAAUGAUCAACCGAUUGACAUAGAAAUAACCAAUAGCAUGACAGAUGCUUUAGAAAUGAUAAUUGUGGAUGAACUCUUUUUUGAUAGUCCGUGCGAAGUAUCUUCUGCAUCGGUAAAUGAUGACACAUCUGAUAUUGGCAGACAAGCUAUCAAGCCACGUGUCUCUACACUGGGAGCCAAUGUCCCCAAUAUAGGAGUUGGAGUAAGUGUUUAUAUGACAGAAAGACACCAGAACGGAUGGCGAACAUCCGCUCUCAUUACCAAUGCAUGCACAAGUGGUGAUAUUAAUUUAACUGCCGAUCAAAGUUUACAUCAAGUGAGCGCGGGUCACAUACAAUUGUGUAACUCAAUACCUAGCCAAAUACAACCAUCAAUGCGAACAUCACAAUCUACAACAUCUGCAUGCCAACGUGGAACACGUAUAACAGCUCAGCUGUUGGAUGGCGUCUUGGAAAAUUCAAGGCGACCUCCUUUACGGUGCAUUAAAUACUUUUCAGUCAAUGAUUUGGACGAUCGAACGGAUCAUCGGCCUAUAUUUACAUACUGGAUAAAUACCGUACAAUUUGUUGUUUUAGUUCUAUCGAUAAUAUGUUAUGGUAUUGCUCCGAUUGGAAUUGGCUCUGAACAAAAAACUGGACAGGUACUUGUGACCAGUCUGAGUCUGCAGACGGUUCAACAUAUAGAGCAACGAAAUAUGUGGAUUGGACCACGGAAUAUUGACUUGGUUCACAUUGGUGCAAAGUUUGCUGCUUGCAUGCGUCGGGACACUAAGAUCAUGGACGUGGUUAUUAAGACAAGACGUCACGAAAGGGAAACAGCCUGCUGUAUUCGGAAUGAUGACUCUGGAUGCGUUCAAAGUUCUCAAGCGGAUUGUAGUAUACGAGGCCUCUAUCCUACGAAAUCUAUUUCUACAUGGAAAAAAUGGUCUCCCGGCGAAUCUGGACCUGGAGGUCGAAUUUCUGGAUCAGUUUGUGGGCUAGAUCCAAAAUUUUGUGAUGCACCAGCGUCAAUAGCACCAUAUGAGUGGCCCGACGACAUCACCAAGUGGCCCAUUUGUCGUAAAACGAAUUCAUUCACUCAGCGCUAUCGCUAUAAAGACCAUACUUCUGAGCAUAUGGUCUGUGAAGUGAUUGGUCAUCCCUGUUGCACUGGGCUGUAUGGAGAAUGCCGAAUAACGACGCGGGAAUAUUGUGAUUUUAUAAAUGGAUAUUUUCAUGAGGAAGCCUCUCUCUGCUCACAGAUUUCCUGCCUAAACAAUGUUUGUGGCAUGUUACCAUUUAUAUCUGUGGAAACACCAGAUCAGCUCUAUAGACUGUUAACAUCGCUGUGCAUGCAUGCCGGCAUUUUACACUUGGCAAUUACGCUAAUAUUUCAGCAUUUGUUUCUUGCUGAUUUAGAAAAAUUAAUUGGUACUCUCCGAACUGCUGUUGUCUACAUAGUAUCCGGCUUUGCUGGAAAUCUGACUAGCGCUAUAAUUGUACCGCAUCGCCCAGAGGUUGGACCAUCAGCCUCCCUCUGUGGUGUGGUGUCUUCACUUAUUGCUCUUUUAAUAUGGAUGCACUGGAAAUGUCUUCACAAGCCUCAUAUUGCUUUAUUUAAAUUGUUACUCUUGUGUAGUGUAUUGAUCGGAAUUGGAACACUUCCCUAUCAGCUUAAUUUUGUUGGACUUUUGGCCGGAGUGGCGUGUGGUGGAUUUUUAACAAUUUCACUUGUGCCAUUUACAACAUUUUCGAAAUACGGACGAAAGAAAAAGAUAAAACUCAUUUGGACAUGUAUUUUAUUUCAUUUAAUAAUAUACAGCGGCUUGAUUAUGACGUUUUAUAUUUACCCCAGCGAAUUUCAUACAAUAAGUAUUGUGGAUAUUUUUAGUAAUAGCAACGGAUACGAUAAUGUUACCAAUUCUGACCAUUAUGGCGUUGACGUCAUAAGCAGCACUACUAGAUACACGGAGACACAAAAUCCACAAUUUUAUUAUCACCAUCAUUCUGAUGACAUUAUCAGAAAUAGUGUCGCAUUCACAGAAAGAGCUCUUGUUUCGCACAUGGUAUAUCCAUCAUCGCCUCGGAAGGCAAAUGUUCAGGAAUGGCAGGAUGUUGAUUUGGGUCGUUCGUUGAAUAACUUUAAGAACUAUAGUAAUAUACAAAAAAGUAUCAAAAAUAUAUCAACUUUAAAGAAAAUGUUUACUUUGCCUGUUAUAUUAACAAACCCGAAAAACCAUUCAAAUCAUUCAACUGAAUUAACAACAGUAAACCACAAAUAUUUGUCUUAUAUGAACAACACAAAUGCGCACGGACCUUAGUGGUUUUACAUAAUCGACUUAAUUUAAUAAUUCAAUUCAAUUCAUUUAAUUUAAUUAAUUCAACAAUAUAAGUAUAAUAUA